AUGCGGAUCGGUGUCGCGCCAAGAUCGGAUGGUGUAGCCACUUUUGGACCGCGGGGGGGUCUUGGGUCCAACAGCAAGGCACAGGUGGUGGAUGAGGAGGAGCAGGAUGACAAGGCAGAGGUAGCGGCUGGAGAGGCAGUUGCAGCAGUAGGAGGGGAGCAGCCACAAGAGGGGUGGUGGAUUGACAGUGGAGCCAACCACAACUUUACUCCUUUUGCCUCAGACUUCAAGAGUAAGCUUGAGCCACCUGAAAUUCGGGGAGUUCGAUUAGGAGAUGGAUGGGUGGUGAAAGCUGUUGGCAUGGGUGAGGUGCUAGUGGUUGGUGCUGGAGGGCAAGAGAUGUGUUAUCAAACGGGGGGGGAGGGUGUUGGCGAUUGGAGAAAAGGAGGGGGGAAGGGACCAUGGUUUGGUGCGGAUGUCUCUUCCUCUUGCUCGAGGGUCACCCACAGUACUUUCCCUACCUCCAUCACACCAAUGGAGGCAUGGUCCGGCCAGAAGCCGCAUGUGGGCAUGGCUCGGAUUUGGGGUUGCAUGGGGAGUGUCAUGCUGCAUGGGCAUGAGAAGGGUGGCAAGCUUGAUGCACAGGCUAUCAUGUGUGUCUGUGUUGGGGUGGACAUGGAGAGCAAGGGUUGGCGCAUGCUGGACCCUUCUCUCAUGCGCAUUCACAUUGCUCGGGAUGUUGAUUUUCUUGAGAAUGUGAUGUGGAAGAAUUGGGACAAGGCAAAGAAAUUUGGGGAGCUUCUGCAGGAUGCACCUGAGAUUUCCCAGCUCCUCCCUCUUCCAGUCUCGCCACCCUCAGCAGCGGUUGACGACGCUGAGAUGCCACCUUCAUCACCGCCACCGGCACCGCUGAGUGUGUCGGUGCAGCAGCAGCCCACCCCUCUGCAGCAGCUCAGUGGCCCCUCGGUCAUUCAGCGGAGAUCUGCUACAUAG